GAGAGAGAGAGAGAGAGGAAGGUAGAGGGAGGUAGAGAGAGAGAGGUCCUCCAUUCAUCAUUGAUCCACUGCAGGACUGUGUUUCAGGGGCUGUGAAUUAUGGGCCCCUGCUGUCACUGUGACUGCUCUGCGUUGGACAUUUCACCUCGCCACUGUAAAUUCAAAAAGGAGGAUUACAUUUUGCUGACUCCUGAUUUCAAAGCCGUUGCUUGACCAAGUGCAGACAGCUGGCCGGUCCCUCUGACAGGAGACUUCAUACAGUCCGCAGUUGCAGGAUCUGGGAUUUUACAGGGGUCUGAACAAGGCUACCGGAGGAGAGACCGUAUCCUGGAUCACAGAGAGCCCCUAUAGGUUGCUGUUUACGCAUUAAGACUACGGACUUUCUCUCCUGGGUAAAAAAAAAAAAAAAGCGUUUUGUAGUUGACUGGGCGUUUAGGACGCGCUCGGUAAACGGUGAUGCUACGGCGGCGCGCAGGAACCGUAGAGGGAAGAGACAGGUGAGGUGCGGCGGAGGAGCUGCUGUUAUUACAGAGAGGCUUUGGAUACCGAGAGCCGUGGUAUCCAUCACCCUGUUCUCCACAGAGAGGAAGAAAAGCGACCGGAGAGGGCGAGUUGGCGACUGGUACCUGCCUCCGCCUCCCUACCUGGCCAUCUGGUGCGUGCAUGUGUGUUGCUGCCAUGGCGACCGUGGCUCCUCCCCUCACAUUUCUGCUCCUGCUGCUUCAACUGGCGGAUGGCUCAUUCCCAGAGGAACCCAGUCCACUCAGCUACGUCCCCAUAGAGGUGGUGCGGAGGUAUCCGGUGUUCUUGGGCAGAGCUCAUCGCUCGGCUCAGAGACAGGAGCUGCACAUCCAGACGGUCCUCCAAGUCAACCGCACGCUCUACAUAGGAGCCAGAGAUGACCUGUACAGAGUGGAGCUGGAUAACAUGGCAGGUGAUGAGAUGUUCUACAGCAAGAAACGGACAUGGGAGUCCAACAAGAACGACAUCCGAGUGUGCCGUAUGAAGGGCAAACACGAGGGAGAGUGCCGUAAUUUCAUCAAGGUUCUGCUCAGCCAGCAUGGUGGCCUGUUUGUAUGUGGAACAAACGCCUUCAACCCGCUGUGUGCCAACUACACUAGAGACACUCUAGAAAUGGUGGGAGAGUCUGUCAGCGGGAUGGCACGGUGUCCAUAUGAUCCACGGCAUGCCAAUGUGGCUUUAUUUGCAGACGGUAGUCUCUUUACUGGUACUGUGACAGACUUCCUGGCCAUCGACGCAGUGAUCUAUCGCAGUCUCGGAGACAGCCCCGCCCUCCGCACAGUCAAACACGACUCCAAAUGGUUCAGAGAGCCGUACUUUGUGAGCUCCAUGGAGUGGGGACCUCACAUCUAUUUCUUCUUCAGAGAGAUGGCCAUGGAGUUUCAUCAUCUGGAGAAGGUGAUGGUGUCCCGUGUGGCUCGCGUGUGUAAGGCAGACCUGGGCGGUUCUCAGCGAGUGCUCGAGAAACAGUGGACCACAUUUCUAAAGGCUCGGCUCAACUGCUCCGUCCCGGGAGAUUCACACUUUUACUUCAACCUCCUGCACGCCACAAGCAACAUCAUCCACAUGCAGGGACGGGACGUCAUCCUGGGUCUCUUCUCCACACCGCCAAACAGCAUCCCCGGCUCUGCAGUGUGUGUGUUUGACAUGCAGCAGCUCGCUCAUGUCUUUGAGGGCCGCUUUAAAGAGCAGAAAUCCCCCGAGUCUAUUUGGACUCCUGUGCCGGACGAAGCGGUGCCUAAACCGAGACCAGGAGGAUGUGCAGUGCAGGGAUCCAGAUUUAGCUCCUCUACCACGCUGCCAGAUGAGGUGCUGAACUUUGUGAAGACCCACCCACUGAUGGACGAGACCGUUCCGCUGCUGGGGCACAGACCCUGGGUGGUCAAGACGAUGGGACGGUACCAGCUGACAGCCAUGGUGGUGGACACAGAAGCUGGUCCCCACAAGAAUCGUACAGUCUUGUUCCUGGGCUCGACUCGAGGAACCAUCCUCAAGUUCCUAAUGGUUCCCAGCGGAGAUUCUGUCUCCCACAGCAGCGUGUUUCUGGAGGAGGUGGAAGGAUUCAACCCAGAGAAGUGUACCGAGGACUCUCCUCAGGCUCGUCAGCUCCUGUCUCUGUCGUUGGACCGCACCAGUCACACUCUGCUGCUGGCCUUCCCCUCCUGUCUGGUCCGAGUGCCCACAUCUCGCUGCCACCUGCACUCGCGCUGCAUGAAGAGUUGUCUAGCCUCCCGAGACCCGUACUGUGGCUGGACCAGAGGCAGCACCUGCUCCUUCCUGAGACCAGGCACACGGCUGCCGUUUCAACAAGAUGUGGAAUAUGGAAACACCACCUCCCAUCUAGGAGACUGUGAUGGAAUUCUGCAGCAGAGUUUGCUGAUCGAACCGGAGAGCUUGGUCUCCCUCAACCUGCUCGUGGCGUCUGCAGUGUCUGCGUUCACCAUCGGGGCGGCGCUCUCCGGCCUCGCCGUCUGCUGGAUCAUGGCCCACAAGCCCACCAACCGUCGCCACGGCACCUCCUCCCAGUCCUCCAUCCAGCGGCGCGAAAGAGGCUUGCUGAGCAACGGCGGUGGGAUGGGAGGCUCUGUUCUCAGUGUGACACGGCAAGGAGGCGGGGAGCGCCCUUGCACUCAAGGUGGGGAAACCCUGUUUGUUAUGCCCAACGGCUGGGUGAAGUCAGGGGAGCUUGACCCGGGUUUCCUGCCAACCCCGGAGCACACGCCGCAGCAGAAGCGCAGAGGCCUACGACUGUCUGACUCCAACUCUGGAGGGUGGGACACCAGCCAGACGUACCUGGGUGGAGGCUCUGUGGGUCUGGGUUCACCUUGCCGCAUCCCCCCGUCUGUCUAUCUGACCACCAGACUCUUCCAGCAAGGGGGAGGCGGGAGACAUGGCGGUGAGAGCCGAGGGAAUGACACGCCACGCCAGCACUACGUCUGCCUGAGCAAGCAAGAAAAAGCAGUGAGGGGGACACCCAAAGCCCCUCUCAGGAAGUCUGCAGGAGAAUACGUGUACCCCAUGACCCCCCAGGACUCGCCUGAGCGCCGGAGGGUGGUCUCAGCACCCAGCGCCCCCAUGGAGUACGGCGAGCCGCUGCCUUUGCGUUGGCCAGCCCCGGAGGGAUACAUCCUCAGCAGCCACGGCAUGGUCCCCGUCCCCCUGCCUCCACCAUCCAUGCCAGCUCCCAGCAGCCAGGCUUACGUGUCCCAGCAACACACCCCCGGGCUGAGCAGGGCUCUGCUGCGAGGGGCCCUGGAACGAGGGGAGCUGGGCGAGCUGGUGGAUCUCAGCCAGCUGAUGAGUAAGAAGAACUGCAGUGAUAGGACUCAGGCUGGCCAGUGACUCUUGAGGGAAUGAAGCGGAUGGGAGCUUUUCCAUGUCCAACGCUCUCUGUUUUAUUUACAUAGCUCUCUCUUUUCUCUCUCCUCCUCAUUCUGUCCAUUCCCCUCUCCCUUCCUUUCUCUUUUCCCCACAUCUUUAUUUGUCAUUCAGCCCCUCUGAUCUCCUCUGUCAGUCUCUCAGGCAACCCCCCCCCCCCCCCCCCCCCCCCCCCCCCCCCCCCCCCC